AUGCCUAUGAUUACCGAGCUCAUCGAUUCUAUUCCGGAAGCGUCGGAGAUUUCCCAUCUUCAGCAUGACGAAAAUCUCUUCCUCCAAUCCUCAGAUCCCAACGAUUGUCCUAUGUCGAAGGACAGCGCUCCCCUGGCGGCCAUCCAUUCCAGACAAGACUUUGUCACUAUGAAGUUUGGGCCUCCCAGAGAUAUAUAUGGCGGGAACUCCUUACGACUGGAAUGGCAGCAAAUGGAUAAUCGGCAGCCUUUCUACCACCGCAAUGGAGAUGCCUACGAGAUAUCCUACCAGGUGUCGGGUGAGCGGACGUUGAUCACAGGGCUAGGGUCCAUCAAGCUCCAUCCGGGAGAAUUUUGUUUAAUUCCUCCAUCAGUGACCCACGACAACUAUGGCAGGAGAGAAGUCCACAUCCUCUUCUACAUCUUUGGUCCGGUGGAGGAGUCGGGCAAGAUCACCGGAAUAGCAGAGUUGAAACCCACCCCGUUCGACGGCUGGUCUCCCCAGAUGGUCACUGAGAUGUAUAACACGGGCCUAGGGGAAACGGGAUGUGAUUUUACAACAUCCACGCUGGAUGAAGUCCUCCUCACUAAUGGUCGGCUAAAUAACCAUCCUCAAAGCCAUCUGCUACUCACCGCUAGACAGCCCUUGGGGUUGAACAGCGAGCCCGAGUGGGUUUACAAGUCUCCGUCGGUCUGGAUUGGAGGUUGGCGGUUAGAGCACUCUCCAGGCCAUGUAUAUUACCGUCAUUCACUCGCAGAUGCUAUUCAGUGUCAAAUCCGAGGCAAGAGGCUGGUGGUCUCUCAACGAGGGAUGAUCCUGAUGGAACCUGGCGACUUUAUCUCCAUUCCCAGAGGAUGCGCAUACACAAGCAUUAUCAGUGAUGAGAGCUUCCAUAUCCAGAUUUUGACCACCAACGCCGUCAUUGAAAAAGCGGAACUCUCCAAAACAGCCAGCGAAAUAUCUCUACAGUUCAUUCAGGCUGCUAGAGAGAAGGUGUCAGGAUGA